GGCAGGUCAUUCUCGUUGUUGACUCUCCAAGACACACAGAGCAAAAACCUAGAAUUCUGUUGACUUAUCCAAAACUGAAUUUCAGUUGGAAAUUUGAAAAGUGCGUUAGGCGUUGUCUCGUUUCCAUAUUGCAGGAAGUAGAAUUAAAGACAGCCAAAAAGGAGACAGAAGGAUUCCAAUUGCUAUAAAACAAGCAGAACAUUUUACUGGCGCAGUGGUCUUUAUUUUUGUUUUCUUUUUUUGGUUUUGGCAAACAGUCUUUGUUUUUUAAUAUCCUUUUUUUUUUGUUUUGAUUUUGGCUCUCUCGCACUCGUAAGGAUUCAGAAUGCCAGCGGGUCGAGUCGCUGGCAAAGCUGGCUACUCCAAUCAUUACUACAAUGGACGUUCCUAUGUGGGCAUCAAUGAGGAGAUUAUGUGGGUGAGCAUUGGUAUGGGCGUAACCAUUGCCCUGCUAAUUACCAUAGCCCUGUGCUACAUUGCCCGAGAGAAGUGCCAAAAGCGACAGCGAGAAUAUUAUGUGACUGCAUAGUUGUGGUAUGCAGCCUGUGCCUGCAGUGAAACGAAUCAGAGGACAACGGCAACGGAUGGGAGAGCAGUGCAAUGCGUCCUGCAUAUGCAUAUGGAGGGAGGAGAUCACGAGAAUGACAGGGCCAGAUAUGAGCACGGUGUUGGUGUUGGUGUCGGUGUCGGCAUGGCAAAUGUAAAUGUGAAUAAGGAAAAGGACCAAGCAUGUCAAAUGCAUCGCCAUGUGCGAGAUGUACCAGAGGCUGAAGCUGGUGUCACCGUCAUGCCAUGGUCUGCUGUCGACAUUAACGGUACUCGCAGUUGGGGCUAAGAAAGAAAAGAAAAGAAAAAAACCAAAAACAAAAGAGGAAAACCAAGAGACAGGAUAUCCUUUUGAUCAGUUUUAUGGAGAGCAAAAGAAACAAUACUGGAAAUUGAUUCGACAAACAGGACUUGCUUUAUUUAAACAGUUGUAUAAUGCUUUAGUUCUGAGGUCAAAUAUGUGACUCAGAAGAGAAGGAUAAUAGACCUGAGUCCGUUGGGGGCCUAGCACCAACGACGAAAAUCGGCUAAGGAGAUAUAAAAUUACAAUUUACUUUGUUCCUGAACUUUAAGUGAGCUGAAUAAAGAAAUAAUAACUUCUUUGGGACUAGUUUCUAAAAAGGAAUGGAGACAAAGAGAACAGAUGGAAAAGGAUAAAGAAUACAUACAUACAUACAUGUACCUUAAGUACCCUAUA